AUGGGCCUCGUUGUGGUACACACGGGAGCUGGUAACUUUGUAAAUGAAGAGAACUAUAAAGUGUUGUGUAAAAAGGCCUGUCGAGUGGCUACAGAACUGCUUGAUGCUGGUGGAAGUGCUGUCGAUGCAUGUGAAAAAGCAAUUACGAUAUUAGAGGAUUCUUGUCAUACAAAUGCAGGCUUCGGAUCAAAUUUAACAUGGGAUCGUAAAGUUGAAUGCGAAGCUGGAAUUAUGGACUCGAAAAGCACAAACUUUGGUGCUUGCACAUGCGUUUCAAAUGUCAAGAAUCCAAUCUCAUUAGCACGUAAGAUAUGUGAUAAGCAAUCAAGUCUCUUUCAUUUCGGAAGAAUUCCGCCGAUUCUUCUAUCAAGUGAUGGAGCAAGUGAAUUUGCCAAAGAAACUGGCAUCACGUUAGUCACAAUGGAUCAAUUAAUUUCAAAGAAAGCCUCGAAUACUUACAAUUAUUAUCGCAGUAAAAUCAACGAGUUUGAGAGAAUGAAUUUAAUUGAAGUGGGUCCAUUGGAUACCGUUGGUGCCAUCGCAAUUGAUAACGACGGAAAUGUUGCUGCAGGUUGUAGUUCUGGUGGAAUUGUGUUGAAGUUAUCAGGAAGAGUUGGACAAGCAGCGUGUUACGGUGCCGGCUGUUGGAGCCAGAAAGUUGACAAUCAUUCAACUGCUGUUUGUACAACUGGAAAUGGGGAAUAUCUCAUAAAAACUCUUCUGGCAAGAGAAAUUUCUUGCGAACUUCUCAACUGUGACUGUCCAACGACCAAACUUAAUCAAGUAUUUAAUGAAAAAUUCCUUAAAUCGCCUCUUUUACCUCCAUCGCAAGAAUAUUAUGGUGGAUGUCUUGUCAUUGACUACAAUUCCGAUACAAAUCGUGGUGAUCUUCUUUGGGCGCACACAACAAAAAUGCUUUGCUUGGCAUACAAAUCAUCAAAGAUGAAAACAUCAAAAUUCAUCGCCUCGUCUUUGCCCGAUCCAAAUCAAGCUGGAAACAAAGUCAUUGUCUCUGGAAUUCCAUUUUCUCUCUAA